GUGGCCUACACCAAGGAGAGCGAGAGUGGAGAGUUGUGCAAGAGCCGAACGAAUUUUCGUCCCGCCAUAUUGCCUUCACGUUGACGUGUUUGUUCCGAGAGCGUCGAAAACAUUUUCGUGUUUGCAUUCUGAGGGACGUUUGUAUUCUGUGUAAUGUGGAAAGGAUUCUUUGAGCGUUGAUGGUGAGAAGAAAACUGUUAUCCAUGGAGUAGUGUCUAAUGUGCCUACUGAUUUGCGUUCUCUGAUAAUCACCUUUGCCGCUCGUAUAACUAAUAAUGCAGGUGUAUUUUUAUCCUCUUAAAACAAGCCGUGUUGGGUUGUGUCAGGUGCUCAAAUUUCAUUUUCGAAGUGUACAAUAUUGAAUAAUGUCGGGAUUGAAAUUUUCCAAAUUGUAUUAUUUGUCGUUAUUUAUUAUGUUUUCUUUUCAUUAUAAAUUAAAGUCAUGAGAGACGGAAGUAACGUCAGGGUAAUCACGAUUAAACUUGGUAUUUUUGCCUCGUUCCUUUAGUCUUGCCAGUAAUGGAUACUGAUCGCCAGUCCCGAAUAAAUAUGUCCGAAAUUAUUGUAAUGAUCAUUGUUGAAACAUUUUUUACGCAACUGUAUAUUCCCGCGCUUACCGGGAUUUUUAGGAAAGUUGCUAAUGCAAGAGUUUUACGAUUUGAAUUCGUUGCAAAGAGUAACCACAAAGCACGCCGAUAAGUCCGGAAUAAAUGAAUCCCUUGCGUUAUAUUUUGAUAGAUAUGAAUACACUAUUGUUCUGUACCUUUGUCGUGUGAUCAGCAGCAAUGGAUUCAAUGCACCAAAAGUUAGCUUAUAACCUUCCCCAAACUUUUCGUUAUGGGAAAGACCUUUAUUUUAGAAUUGAUAUUCAAUUGAUGAGAAUCAAGUUAAAAAUAUUAAUAAGUACAGGAAUUUUGGAAAAUAAUUGAAGUUCAACACCUUUUAAUUGGAAAGGAAUGUGCACAUUGUGGACAACAUAGACAACGGUGAUGAAUGAAUGAAUAUAUAAGUUGACGCGUUUUUCAGCUCAUUGGCAUCUGUUUUCAGAACUACAAUUACAGGGAGAAAACUGACAUUGAAAGAAAAUAUAUAUUAAAAAAUAACCUCUCCUUCCAUCAACUUUGAAAAAAUUGCCUGCUAAGGAAGGGCAAGACAGAUGAAAGCCACAGUAAUCAAACAACGGGUGGAUGCAAUGGAGCCCUACCCUGAGCCUAGCACAAUGCACUACGUGGUGCUGAAAGCACCGAAGUCUGAAUCUGUGCCAGAAGUGGAAGUUCCUGCAGAGGAGCAGGAAUUCCCUCCAGACCAACUGACAGCGGAGGAUGGUGUCACUGAUUUAUGGAAAUACUGUCGUGUCUGUGCAUGUGCUUAUGAUGAAAUGGUGCCCAUCUAUGAUGAAAGCGGACUAGAAAUGCAGCUAGAAGAAAAAAUUAAUAAUUAUCUCCCAAUUACGGUAUCCCCAAGUGAUGACUUGCCAUUGCAGAUGUGCCAUGCGUGUAUAGACAAAUUGAACAUUACUCACGAGUUAAUUGUGGCAUGUUUAGAUGCUGACUCAAAAUUUCUUCAAUGUUUACAAACCCAAAAUACCCCUGAGUUUCAGUCAGUUGCUGAAGAGAAGGUUGAAGAGGUUAAGGAAGAACCAAAAGAAGAUGACUCAAAUGUUGUUACUGAAAAGGCAGAAACUGCUCCAAAAGUGAAGAAGAAAGUUGUGGUUUUGAAGUUGGUGCAUUCCAAUAGUUCUCAGCUUUCGCCAUCUGUUCGUAUUGCCAAAGCACUGGAGUAUUUGAAGUCAAAGAAGAAAGUUGAGACACCAAAUACCAACAAUACGUCUGUUGUACAACCAUAUGCUCCAGAACAAAAAUAUCCUGGUAAUGUGAAUCCUGACCUGCAGGUUGCUGGUAUUGCAGAAUUUUGCGUUGUUACAUCAGGCAAAGAGGUCUCUGGUGAUCUGUCAUCUGGGUCUCCUAAGUUUGAGUCAAAGAUCACCGAAGCCUUAGGUACUGUAGACACAGGCACAAAACAGAGAAUUGUGGAAGCUGUCCAAAAUAUAGUCUCAAAACGAUCAGAUGGUCAAGGCAAGGGGUUCGCAUGUUCAGAAUGCAAGGAAGAAUUGGCAACACCAGGGGAUCUCAAGGCACACUUGUGCCGGAAAAAAACUGGGAAAAUUGUAAGAAAUGGGGAGUUUUCCUGUAAAGUGUGUAAUAAGAAAUUCAAAGAUGCUUACAAACUAACAGUACAUAAACAAACUCACAAAAGAGGCUUUGUAUUUGCAUGUGAAAAGUGUGGAAAAGUUUUUCCACGCAAGGACUCUUUGCAACUGCACAUGACCCAACACAGAGCGAAAAAGCCUUUCUUGUGCAAGCAAUGCGGGAAACGGUUUAUGCUCCGGGGUAGUCUUGAUAUUCAUCGUGCAUCAGAACAUGCUGAGACAAGACCGUGGUCUUGCACUGUUUGCCACAAGAAAUUUGCUUCAAAGGCCACUCUGCGUGCACAUAUGCAUAGCCAUGAAGAUUAUUUGGAAACAGACCUCUCAAAGUGCAAUAUUUGUGGGCUUCAAUUUCGCAACAAGAUGCUUGUAAAAGAUCAUAUGAAAGUUCACUUGUCAGAGAAAACUUUCCAGUGUGGUCAGUGUCCUAAAUCUUUUCCCAGUCAAGAAAAACUGAGACAACAUGAGCCCAUUCAUUUGGGUGUUCGACCAUAUCAGUGUGGCAUUUGUUCUAUUGGUUUCAUUCGCAAAGGCAAUCUCACCAAACACUACAAAACACACUCAACGGAAAAAAUAAUAACAUGCCGUGUUUGCAAGGCAACAUUUCCCACUGUAGCUGGACUUCUAAAUCACAGGAAGUCUCAUACAAAUGAAGAAUGGGAUCAAAUUAAGAAAGAUGGGCUUCCAGAAGGUGAAAAAACUGUAUCGGCUCCAGAUAAUUAUCAGUGUUCAGUGUGCAACAAGUUUUUAUCAUCAAAAUUGUCAUUGAGUUUGCACAUGCGUGUUCACACUGGGGAAAAGCCCUAUCAGUGUGAGAUUUGUAAUAAGCGUUUCACUCAAAAGCCAGCAUUGACUUAUCACAUGAGGCUGCAUACGGGUGAACGUCCACAUGCAUGCCAGUUUUGUGGAAAAGGUUUCAAUUCCAAAGUAGGCAAAGAGAGUCAUGAACGUAUUCACACUGGGGAACGACCAUAUAAAUGUGGGCAGUGUGGGGUGGGUUUCCGGUGUAGUGCGAAUUUGCGCCAGCACACAUGGAUACAUACUGACAAUAGGCCCUUUGUAUGUGAAGUGUGUAAAAAACUCUUCCGACGCCGCGAAGCUUUGCAAGUGCAUAUGCGGAUUCAUACAGGAGAGCGCCCUUACUCCUGCCCCAUCUGUAGUCGCAGCUUUACCCAGAAGGGAGAUAUGUUGAAACAUACACGAUCUCACUCCAAGAAGAAUGUCCGCAUGACAGGGAUGGCUUGCCUUAAUUGUGGGCAGCUUUUCAGUCGUAAAAUGAACUACAAGAUGCACAUGGAACAAUGUGCUUCACUAGGGAAGGCAGAAUUGACAUUAGCCAAAGCCCAAGUAGAUGCACGACCUCAUGCAGAACUUAUCAGUUUAAAAGAAGGAUUAGUUGUUAAAGAUGGCAAUGAGGAAUUAAAAACUGUUACUAUCACAUCUGAGGAGAUGAUCCCUAAAUUUUCUGAAAUAACAAUUGUGACAAAUGACAUUCAAGAAUAUGAAGUUGAAUACCAAUCAUAGGUAUAGUUGUUAUUGUUGUAUAUUUCCUAUUCAUUUUGAGCUUAUUUCAAAUUUUCUUCAUGUCAUGCAAGAUUAUAACUUAUUAUUCUUGCAUAUAAGCUUGACUUCAAAAAAUAUCUUUUGUACAAAAUAUUUUUCUUACUGUAUUGCCCCAAUAAGAAAGGAUUUUCUUUCAUUAAUAUUUUCUUAAUUUUAAUUGUGAAUUGCCUGUUUACUGUUUAUAAAAUUUAUUCUGUACAUAAUGCAAAAAAAUAUUACAAAAGUGAUCAUACACAUAUUUUGCAUGUGUAUAUGUAUAUACCUACACUCGAUGUACACAUUAUCUUGCAUACACAAAUUUAUUUCCUUUUUUACAAAGUGUAUCAAAUCCUGUAAUAAAAAUACUUUUUGAAGAGGAUAUUUUUGAGUGUGAUUAAUUAUGUAAUGUAGAUAAUAAUCUUAUUGAAAAGUGGUAACUUUUUUGGAAUAUUGAAAACUGAAAUUUGAAAAUUUGCAUGCAUUUUUACAUCUCUGGCCCAGUGCGAAUAAGCAGGUAACUCAACUAAACUUCCUCGAUUAAACUAAAACUAAAUUUUAUAGGACAGGAACAUCUUGACUCUGAUUAUUGAAACGAAUCUUCCAGGGAGGAAAAAAUUCAUAUUAUGAAUACUCAAACUAUUUUGAUGAAUCAUUGUUAUGGUCAUGAGAUGUAUAAUAAUUUUCUUUAACGAACAUAGCUCCUAUGAAGCAUAGACUUAGUAGCUGUAUUAAAAAAUGCAUCCAUGAUGCUAAGAGAGAUUGUAUCAAAAUUCUGUUAGUAGAAUAAUUAUGCUGUUCAAUUUCACCCAAGAAAGGGGGAAUAUUGCAGGGAAAUAAAAUUUUACCAACUGAUAUUUCUUCACCAAAGAGGCCAACUUCACUCGAUGCUCACUGCUGUGGACCUUGCAAGUGCUCUGUGGUUACAGGGGGGUGAAUCUGCAGGUGUCUACAAUUAAUUGUACACUUCUGAUAGCUUGCAGAAAAGCAUAUCAACUGUAACAACACAGCUUGUUACGUGUGGGAGAAGAUAAUCAAAAAUGUGUCAUGGGCAGGGCCACAUGCACCUAAUAAUUUUAGGUAUGCGAGGCAUCUUUAAUUUUUGUUAAAUAAUCAACAUUAUUAGAUGUAAUAUUUUUAUAUUAAAAUGUAUCAAAUCCUGUAAUUAAAAUACUUUUUAAGGAGGAAAUUUUUUAAUGUGAUGUUAUAAAUGCUGUUGUGAAAACAUGAUACCAUCAGAUAUUAAUCUUUAAAUAAUUUCAUAAACC